AUGUUCAAUAGAAGUGUGCUCUCCAUAACAUUUGCCCUAUGGCUAGCGUUGAUAUCGUUGGUUUCUGCGCAAUUGGAACAGAUAACACAAGGUUACACCCAGGUUUGCUCUGGGAUGUACAAUCGCCAGGACUGGACUGGCAACAAAGACCCUUUUAUUGCUGUUAGCUUGCAGGCUUUUGACGGCCACAAACUAAACCUCAAGAACAUCAACGAUACUAAACAGUACGAGGAUGGCAUCAUCUUGUCUGUUGUUUUGUUUGAGUACAAAGAUAUCGACUAUUUGGGUGCUGAUCUAGCUCCAAAAACUGACACAGACGACCAGUAUUAUUAUUACGACCAAAAAAAGUACAUCUGUGAUGACAACGCAAUCGAUUUGGGUCUCUGCACUGAAAAAUCAAAGAACAAGUUUAUCAUCUCGAAAGAUGCCAAAAACAAUUCCAAUUCUGCCAUUCUUACGUUCAAUCUAAACAAGUUUGGAAUGUACAAUACUUCAUACGAGAUUAAAAAUACUGGCUACUAUUGUGUUGCCUCCUACACUCCAGAUUCUGUCAACUAUGGGGUUCUUGUAAAUUUUAGCAAUUCCUUUGGCAAUUUGAAUGCUGCUGAGAUACCAAAAUUGCCUCUUUACGGAUUCUUGUCUUUAAUCUAUUUGGUUGCAUUUGUUUAUUACUGCUAUAAUUUUUACAAAUAUAGAAAAAGUAUUACAAACAUCCAAAAAAAUUUGGUAUUCUUCACUGCCUUUUUAAUUGUGGAAAACAUCCUCAUUUGGUUUUAUUAUGAAUUGAAAAAUAAUCAUACUCCUUAUUAUCUCAAAUUAAUCGAAAACUAUAACUACUGGACUUUAAAUAAAUCCAUAUUUAUCAAGUUCUAUCUUGUCUUCAUUUCUGUUUUAAAUGCUUUUAAAGUCACUUUUUCAUUUUAUUUGCUUUUGUUAAUUGCUCUUGGUAUGGGUGUUGUUUAUCCAAAUUUAGAUAAAAAACUUUUAUUAAAAUGUAAAAUAUUUGCCGCUGUUCAUUUUAUCUUAACUGUUAGUUAUAUUAUUGCCAACUAUUUAUCAAAUCCUGAAGAUGUCUCCUUAUGGAUUUUGCUACCUAUGAUACCACUCGCAAUAACUUUCUCAAUCUUCUACUAUCUCAUUUUAAACGCCUUAAAUAAAACAACCGCUUAUUUAAAGGCUCAAAAGCAAACUAUUAAAUUACAAAUUUAUAAAAAACUUUUCGUCACCAUUUUUGCCUCUUUAUUGAUCCUAUUGCUAGGUUUAGUCGUUUCUUCUUUUGUUUUUAUCGGUAUGUCCACAACUGAAUUGAUUGAACAGCACUGGAAAUCAAGAUUUUUAAUUAUAGACUUUUGGCCUUCCUUAGUCUAUUUGAUUAUCUACAUUGUCAUACUAUUCAUUUGGAGACCUACUCAAUAUUCUUAUUUACUUAUUGUUUCAACUCAAGUUAGUAAUGUUGAAGAUGAUGGAAAUAAUUUCGAGUAUGACCAAAACAAUGAAUUUGAACUAAAUAACCUUGGAAAUGAAUUUGAUAUCAACGAUGACUCUGACAAUGAUAGCUUUGUUGGAAAUUUCGUUAAUAAAAAUAAACAAGAUAAAAAAAAAUCAGAACUAUCAAAAGAAGAUCCUGAAAAUGGUUAUCAAAACGUCGGAAGCUCUAAUAAUAACAGCAACGACCUAUUUUUAUCUGAUGAUGAAAAUAAUAAUAAACCCUCAAGCUCUAAAAACAAAAAAGUUUCUGAUAACCCAUUUGAAUUAGCCGAUGGCGAUGAUGAUGAUGAUGAUAACGUAUUUUCUGAUAGUCAUAAGAUAAAAAAUUCUUACGAUGAUGAUAGAACUUUUUCUAGGUCUGAAGAUGACUUCAACGCAAAAAGUAAACUCAAUAAAGAUAAAUAA